ACUUGAUACCUGGGGAGGCAAAGGGACAGGUGAGUGCGACUCUCCCACCUGGGGGCACCUGACAGGGAAGGAAGGAAGGAAGACCAUGGCGCAAUUCAUCGUCGUGAGCUUCAGCUUGCUGGUCGUGGCCCUCUCCUUAAGGGGAACUGGAGCUGAUCAUCAUUGUCCUAGCGGUUGGGCCUCCUAUAAUGAGUUUUGCUACAUGGUCUACAACAGAUCCGUGACCUGGAACAAUGCAGAGAGAUUCUGCCUGCAGCAAGAGACAAACUGCCACCUCGCCUCCAUCCAUAGCAAGCCAGAGGCAGCCUUCAUCGUCAGGCUGGUCUACCACAGGGCCAGCGCCGGGUCCAGUGUCUGGAUCGGAUUGAAUGAUCCAGAGAAAAGACGCACCUGGCAAUGGAGUGAUGGCUCCAGCAUCAGAUACAGAUCCUGGAUGCCAGGAGAGCCCAACAACCAUGCAAACAACGAGAAUUGUGUUGUGCUGUCAGUCUGGUCACGUUAUGUCGGAUGGAACGAUCAGGACUGUGGGUCCAGGCAUAAUUUUGUCUGCAAGUUCCAGGCAAGGACCGAGACGAACACCGUCAAUGUUACAAGCAGGAAGUAAUGAAGUCCUACUUCCUGUUGAAACCUCUGCUCUGCACCCUGUCGCUUCAUGGAUGCUUUCUCUCGCUUGGAUCUGACUUUGCUCCUCCUAGUAUGGCCAGAAGGUCAAAUAAAUUCUGAUUAAGCAUGA